AUGACCCGAAUAGGUCUCUUACCAACAGAUAGGUGGUUUGUUGAUGUUGCAACUAGUGGUGCUUUGGUAGAACGUACUCCAACUGAUGCCAUGAAUCUCAUCUCUAAGAUGGCACAGAAUUCUCAACAAUUUAAGACGCGAGCUAACCAAGCAAUUAAAAGGGUGAAUGAGAUUCAAACACCACAAUAUGAUCUUAAAUUUAAGAACAAGAUGGAGGAGUUCUCUAGUAUGAGUCAAGGUUCUAGAAAGUUACCUUCUCAAAUAGUUGUAAAUCCUAAUUGCAGUAAUGUUAGUGCUAUCACUCUUAAAAGUGGAAAGGAGCUUCUAGAGCCUUCCAUAACAUCUAUUAAGAAUAAGUCGGCUACAACAACACAAGUCACACUUGAGGAGUCUAAUAAAGAAAAAGAACCAAGAAAGAUCCUUCCAUUUCCAAAUAAGGAGACUCAAAGCAAGAAGUUAAAGGAAGCUGAAUUGGAGAAAGAAGUGCUUGAUGUUUUCAAGAAGGUUGAAGUUAAUAUUUCCUUUUUGGAGGCAGUAAAGAAAAUUCCUAAAUAUGCAAAAUUCUUGAAAGACCUAUGCACGAAUAAGAGAAGAUUUAAAGCUGAUAAGAAGGCUUGUGAGAUGAAGCCAGCCAGGAUUAUUGUGCAAUUAGCAGAUAGGAGACUUGCCUGUCCUAAUGGAUGUGUUAUUCAAUUUAAUCUUUUAGAGGCUAUGAAACAUCCUAUAGAGGAUCAUUCUGUUAUUAAUGUGAGCAUGCUUGAUAUGUUAAUUGAUGAUACAUAUGAUGAGCUUUAUAAUGAGAUGAUUUCUAGUUCUCUUGAGAUUAUUGAUUUAGAUAGCAAUAUACAUUGUUCUGACUCUAUUAUUUAUGAGGAUUCUUCUGACUGUUUUGGUUCUGAUGAUAUUGUUGAGUUAUUUAAAUCCAUACCUGAUAUUGGCAUUGAAACUUCUAGUGACUCUGAUAUGAUUGCUUCUGACUUUAAAAGAACUAUGGACUUUGCUAGCAACUCUAUGUCAUGUAAUUCUAUUAAUGAUAAUUCUAGUGUUCUAGAACAAGAUAGUGCUGCUUCUUUUGAUGCACCUAUAUUUGAAUUGAAAGAUCUACCAGAAUAUUUGAAAUAUGCAUUCUUAGAUAAAGGUAAGAAAUUACCGAUUAUUAUAGCAAAAGAUUCUGAUCUUAGUCAAGAGGCAAAAUUGUUAGAGGUACUAAGAAAGCACAAGAAAGCUAUAGGAUGGAUACUAGUUGACAUUCCAGGCAUCAGUCUAGAUAUAUGCAUAUACAGGGUCUUGAUGGAAGACAGUGCAAAGCCAUGUAAGCAACCUCAAAGAAGUCUUAACCCACUUAUCCUUGACGUGGUCAAAAAGAAGGAGGAUGCCAUUUGGAUUAUGCAAUGCCCUAGCCACAUUCCAGAGAUGCAUGAUGAGUAUUUUUGCAGAUUUGCUAGACUAUUGCAUAGAGGUUAUGUUGUUUCUGAGAGGGGGAUAGAAGUUGACAAGGUUAAGGUAGAUGUGAUUACUUCUUUACCUUAUCCUACUAGUGUUAGAGAGGUCCAUUCUUUCCUUGGACAUGCAGGAUUCUACAGGAGGUUUAUACAAGAUUUUAGCAAGAUAGCCUUACCACUCUCAAGAUUGCUGCGAAAAGAUGUGGAUUUUAAAUUUGAUAAAGCUUGUGAGCAAGCACUUGAUGAGUUAAAGAAGAGAUUGACUACUUCACCAAUCAUUCAACCGCCAAAUUGGGAUUUACCUUUUGAAUUAUUAUAUGAUGCUUCUAAUUAUGCUCUUGGUGCAGUGCUUUCACAAAGAGUUGAUAAGAAAUCACAUGUUAUAGCUUAUGCUUCCAGAACUUUAGAUGUAGCCCAAGCCAACUAUACUACUACUGAAAAAGAGCUUUUAGCUAUUGUUUUUGAGUUUAACUUGGAGAUAAAGGAUAAGAGUGGAGCUGAGAAUUCUAUUGCAGACCAUUUGAGUCGCAUUGAAUCUCCUAUGGUUCCUUCUAUUCCUAUUGAUGAUAAUUUUCCUGAUGAAUUCUUAUUUUCUUACAUUUUACUAGCUGUGGAUUAUGUUUCUAAAUGGGUAGAAGAUAAAGCCACCAAAACUGAUGACUCUGCUGCUGUUGUAGAUUUUGUUAGGUCACAUAUCUUUUGUAGGUUUGGUAUUCCAAAGGCCAUUAUCAGUGACCAAGGGACCCCUUUUCGUAAUCGGAGCAUGCAGAGUUUGUUGGGUAAGUAUGGGGUCGUGCAUAAGAUGGUUACCCCUUAUCACCCCCAAACUAAUCAACAAGCUGAAGUUUCUAACCGAGAGAUAAAACAGAUUCUUGAGAAGAUAGUUCAACUUAAUAGGAAAGACUGGAGUAAGAGAUUUGAUGAUGCAUUGUGGGCAUACAGAAUUGCUUACAAGACUCCAAUACAAGACUCCAAUCGGAAUGUCUCCUUAUCGGCUUGUUUUUGGGAAAACUUGUCACUUACCUGUGGAGAUUGA